AUGUCGUCGAUCUCAAUCUCGUUCGUAUUGCCGAUGCUUCUGCGCUGGGCGGCAGCUGAAGAGGCAUGUUCAGGUGAAGCAGCAUGCUCAGCAGCAGUUUCAAAGGCUUUGUUGCAGACUUCCUCCAAGAACAUCUCGGGGCCCUCGCACCUUGCAGCUGAUUUGUCCCAGUCGGUGGGAAAUCGCUCCAUGGGUUGUGGCAUGGGGGUGUCAGGUGUGUGCGUGGCCACCAUGGACUGGCAAUAUGAGUUGGCCAGUAUGGCCCCUGGCAGCAGUGCCAACUACUUCAAUGCCUUCCUGAGAGUGUGGAGCGAUGCGACCCCCCUCACCGGCACCAUUUUUUGCAUGGGAGAUCGUGAAGGAUCCUGGGUGGUCAGCAACACCUAUGGUCAGAACCAAGGACUCUAUGAUUCCUUCCAGGGCCUGACUUACCUGCGAAAUCUCUUCAUUGACCCGGAUGAUUCACAAACAUGGGGAACAGUUGGAUUAUACAUGGGCCUCUUUUGUCCUUCGGGCACCAGCGUGGAUCAGUACACGGAGCUGAAGGUGGGCUUCGCCUUCAACAAGUGCAAUUCCGGAGUCAACUUCAUGUUGUCCAUCAGUGCAGACACCAUUGAGUGCUUUGCGGACAAGUUUGCACCAGUGAUCAGCCGACUCGCAGGAAUGGUGCCAGAACUGAGCUUCGGCAUCUCCGUCGACCGGAAACUGUCCAAGACCAUGACUUUGGCUCAUGGUGAUGGUGAUGCAAUUCGCAUCGAUGACAUCACCUUGAAACCGCACCUUGCGAUGAGCACCACUGUGCGUUUUUCCAUUGGCCAGCUACUUGGGAUGGAUGACACCAUCGGCGACCUUCUGGCAGGAGAUUUGCAGGCACAGUUCGCGGUGGCCUAUGAUGGUAGUGAAAACUUGCUGGCCGCCUUGACGUGGAUGGCCGCCGCAGACGUCUCGGAUGCCCUGCCCGACCUCGUCGGUGGCUUUGCAUCGGCCUACCACCUGGGCCCUGCGGCGGCAGCGCUGCUGUUGGAGCAAUCGGGGGCAGCGUCACAGGUGGUGUCGAUGGUCGAGGGAAUGCAGCGGUCCACCAGUAUGCUCUCGGUCACCGGCUACCUGACCUUGGCCUUGGCUGCUCCCAGUAACGGGAUCUUACCUGACAUGUCCUUUCAGGUGUUCCAAGUGAACAUGAUGCUGCGAACUGGCCCCGCACAGAGCAGUCAGGACUCCGAGGAGGCCGAAUCACAUUUGCCUGGCUUGUACUUCUAUCUUUCCGCUGAUCUAGGGUCCUUCGUGGAGAGCAUCGUGGACACCAUCCUGGGUCAGAGUGGAGGACUGCUGGAUGUGGCAGGUGCAGAUACCAGUGGCGGCAUCUCCCUUACGGCCAGCCAAGGCAUUGGAUUCUUCGUGAACACUGCUGGCAUCGGCUUCUACACUGAAGCGAAGCUGGCUGGUUCCAACACUGAGAUCAAGUGUGUCUUCAAGUUUGGGAACAAGAAAUUGAGAUGCAAAGCGAGGCUGGGAUGGGCAGAGCUCUUCCUCCAAAAUGGCAAAUAUGUGGUGCAAAAGAUCAGCAACUUUGCCGGAAGUGGAGCACAGCAAGUGGCCGAAUUUUUCACCAGCGAUGUUGGAGGCAGAGGCGAUAAAUUCGGAAGAAAUGUGGUCAGCAAGGGCAAGAAGGUAGCCAAUAGGGUCAAGUGCAAGCUCAGCAACCUCCUGGGCGGCUCUUGUGGUAGGAGUGGGGGUACCCCUAGCAGCUGCGGAGACGGAACGGAGUACGUCAUCAAGAAUGAGCAGGACAGGUGCUUGAAGGUAUCUCCAGAUUGCUUCGAGCCUGAGUCUGACGGGAAGAUUUACUUUUACAGACGAAAUUGUGUGCCCACUUUCGAUGAAUGCACUCACACUUCAAGCAGCUACGCUACACAGAUGCAAAACUUUUGGUGGUUUACCAGGGACCGCUACUUGUGCAACGAGUACAUGCACAACAUGUACUUUGGUGACAUUUCGGAUCCCGACAGCAACCCCAAGUGCCUGCGCUUGGAGAAUCAGAAGGUCUGGUUCUCCAAUUCUCCAACACCUUUCCACAUUUCAAAGAAGUCCACAGAGAGGUUCCGAGUGGCAUUCCAUGAUGUCACGGGACCUUAUGGCCAGGUGUGCUUUCAGAGCUCCUCCGCCGGCGGCUUUCUGAACCAGGGCCGGCGCCGGCGGCGCUACUGGCAGGAGGUGUAUGUGCGGGGCUAUGAUGGCGGACGGCGCUGGCGGAGAUGUGAUAAGGAUGGAGCAAAGACGAUGAGGAUCUACCAGAAGUUGGAGCCAGGAAACGGGCAAAACUAUGAGAAAGAGAAUGGUGAUGCACAACUACGAAGCCCCAGCACGAACGUUGCAGAUGACUGGAGGAUUGCAAUGCGAAAGAGUCGCAGCACUGCUGAUGUUGGUGGGACGUCGGUGCGGCGGAUGUAUGCUGCCGGUGCUGAGUUCUCUGAGGACCUUAAGGACUUGGGUCAGGCAUCAUGGGCCUUCUCCGACCUCCUGGAGGUCGAAUCACCCAGAGCUCAAGAUCAGGCAGGGAUUGGCCUAGACCUCGGCGCGGAAAAAAAUUGGGGCUGGCAGGAGCUCUAUCAAUCACUUGCAGACGCUGCGCGUGGUAGUGACUUGGAGAAGCUGCUGAGCAUCUCCGAUGCUCAUCUGAAGGAGCUCAACAGCAUCAAUGCCGUAAGUUGCCCAGGAACCGCAGAAUGA